AUGCUGGAGAUGACUUUGAUCAUUCUGCUUGGGCUCUCCACGUUUUUGGACACCUCCGCAGUUAAUGUUUGCCUGGACUCCACCGACGCCGACAGAUGUCAAAUUGAUGCUAACGGAAACUUGAGCCUCGGGUUGUGCGGCAUUACAGAUGCCGAUUUCGACGAUCUAGCGUCGUGCUUGGAAGCCGCCGGACCAGAAACAAUAACAACCCUGUACCUGAGCCACAACGAGCUCACCACGCUGCCUGAGGGAAUCUUCGGCGGUCUUACGGCCUUGCAAACACUGUACCUGAGCUACAACGAGCUCACCACGCUGCCUGAGGGAAUCUUCGGGGGUCUUACGGCCUUGCAAACACUGUCGGGGGUGUCUGAGACCACCUCCAGCCCACGUCAUGUGUGUUAUCUGCUCCGCUCGUGGCCUUCCCUCGACACCCGAAGGUACCUGAGCUACAACGAGCUCACCACGCUGCCUGAGGGAAUCUUCGGGGGUCUUACGGCCUUGCAAACACUGUACCUGCUCUACAACGAGCUCACCACGCUGCCUGAGGGAAUCUUCGGGGGUCUUGCGGCCUUGGAAACACUGGACCUGCACUUCAACGAGCUCACCACGCUGCCUGAGGGAAUCUUCGGGGGUCUUACGGCCUUGGAAAGACUGUAA